AUGGUGAAGUUCUCAAAGGAGCUUGAGGCUCAACUCAUCCCAGAAUGGAAGGAAGCCUUCGUCAACUACUGGCAGCUCAAGAAACAGAUCAAGAGAAUCAAGCUCGCCAAGCUUCCCAACCAGCCUCUUCUUCCCAAACCCGACUUUGGCCGCUCUGUUUUCGACUGUCUUCGCUUAUUCUCCAGCAACUUCCUCUCCUCCGGCGAUAAAUCUGAUGUCAUAAGGGUCAGGAGGAAAUUCAAGGAGGAUACGCACGAAGAAGUCUACGAAACUGAACUUGCUCAAUUGUUCUCAGAAGAAGAUGAGGUACGUGUGUUUUUUGAAAGGCUAGAUGAAGAACUGAAUAAGGUAAACCAGUUUUGCAUGAGACAAGAGAGUGAGUUCGUAGAGAGAGGAGAAAUCUUGCAAAAGCAGCUGCAAGUUCUACUACAACUCAAACAAAUCCUCGUCCAUCGUCGCCGGAAAAAUUAUCCGGCAAAAACUUCCGGUUCUGGAAUAUCUUCUCCCUCUCCGGCCGGCGUUUCCGAUUUCUCCGAAAAUAAUGAAGAAUCAGAUGAAACAAACUCAGAAAUUUCCCAGACUGAUGAAGUGAUGCCAGCCAUGGGUGUAAGCUGCUUUGUGAGCAAAACAAAGAAGAAAAAGCCGAAGACGGCAAUGAGGAUUGAGAUUCCGGCAACGACGCCAACACGAGCAAUCACGGCAAUCACUGCGAAGCUGUGGGACGAUAUUAUAACAAACCCUAAAAAGGAAGGAUCCAUGGAAUACAUCAACAAGAGGAAAAUACAGUGUGCUGAGAAAAUGAUAAGAAAGACCUUUGUGGAGCUCUACAAAGCCCUUGGCUUGCUCAAAAGAUACAGUUCAUUGAAUUUGUUAGCUUUCACAAAGAUACUCAAGAAAUUUGACAAGGUAUCUGGUCAGAAAGCAUCAGCAAAUUAUUUAAAAGAAGUGAAGAGAUCCCAUUUCGUUAGUUCUGAUAAGGUGGUAAGACUUAUGGACGAAGUGGAAUCCAUAUUCACGAAGCACUUCGCCAACAACGAUAGAAAAAAAGCCAUGAAGUUUUUAAGACCCCAACAGAACAAAGAUUCUCACACGGUCACCUUCUUUGUCGGUUUGCUUACAGGUUGUUUUGCGUCAUUGUUCUGUGUAUACGCAAUAUUGGCUCAUAUCUGCGGCAUAUUCUCGUCUUCCACAGAACCAGCUUAUAUGCAAACUGUUUACCCUGUCUUCAGUGUGUUUGCAUUGUUGAGCUUGCACUUGUUUAUGUAUGGAUGCAACCUCUUCAUGUGGAAGAGUACAAGAAUAAACUACAACUUCAUAUUUGAGUUCUCACCAAACACGGCACUAAAGCACAGAGACGCCUUCCUCAUAUGCACUGCCACUAUGACUGCCGUUAUUGGAGCAAUGGUCAUACACCUCCUCCUCAGGACUCGCGGCUUUUCUCUUUCCCAAGUUGAUGUUAUUCCAGGAAUUCUUCUUCUGUUUUUCAUAGUCAUUCUCAUUUGCCCGUUUGACAUCUUUUAUCGCCCUACACGUUACUGCUUCAUUCGGGUUAUUCGCAACAUUGUCUGCUCUCCUUUCUAUAAGGUUUUGCUGGUAGAUUUUUUCAUGGCUGACCAACUAACAAGCCAGAUUCCAUUGUUAAGACAUUUGGAAACCACAGCUUGUCACUUGUUUGCUAGGGUCUUCGACACUCACCACCCUGAGAGCUGCCAUUCUGGAAGGUUGUACAUUGAAACAACUUAUCUCAUCUCCUUCUUGCCCUAUUAUUGGCGCGCUCUCCAAUGUGCGAGGAGGUGGUUCGAUGAUUCUAAUGAUUUGAACCAUCUGGCAAACAUGGGGAAGUAUGUUUCAGCCAUGGUGGCAGGAGGAGCAAGAGUGACAUAUGGCAGAAGAGAGGACAAUCUAUGGUUUGCUAUCGUUUUGAUAACUUCUGUUGUAGCCACUAUCUAUCAGUUGUAUUGGGAUUUCGUUAAGGACUGGGGCUUUCUAAAUCCCAAAUCAAGAAACCCAUGGCUCAGAGAUGAUCUCAUUCUAAAGAACAAAAGCGUUUACUACCUAUCUGUGGCCUUGAAUGUUGUACUGAGAGUGGCGUGGGUUGAAACUAUAAUGCAUCUCAAAGUUGGACCUAUUGAAUCAAGAAUGCUAGAGUUUUUGUUGGCUUCAUUGGAAGUUAUUCGUCGAGGCCAUUGGAACUUUUACAGGUUGGAGAAUGAGCAUUUAAAUAACGUGGGCCAUUUUCGAGCAGUAAAGGCAAUUCCAUUGCCAUUUCGAGAGGCCGAUUCUGACACUUGAGGCGGUUUAAUUUUGUCACACGUGAUGAAUAUGUCCUCUAAAAGUUUCUGACACACAA